AUGGCUGUCUUUUAUUUCGCAGAGCUUGUAUGGGAUGAGAGCUCCUCUACAGCGACGGCAGUCGCUACACGAAGCAUCGACGCUGCCGCGAAACAGGCCUUUUUCAUGUCUACCAAAAGGCUUUCAAGGGCAGGGUUGAUUGUACAGAACGACAUUGUCCUGCCACUCAUGCACCACUCAAUGCUUCAAUUCAAACCGUUCCACAAUACGUUCGCUUUCUGCACGGGGCAUCGUGAGCGCCAACGGAUCAAACCUAGCUGUUGUCAUGCGGGCAACAUCGGUAGCCAACAAACAACAUCCUCUCGUGGCACUUGGUUCUCCCAUAAUGGUGGCGAGUGGAAAAUGCCGAGUCACUUAACCCCCCGGAACCGGCUGACGGUAUGCUUCUGGAAGUCUAGGCUCCGGCAACUCAUGCAAUGCACCGCCUCCGCUCCCCCAGUUGUUAACAAGAUAACUGCGACGAAUCCCAAGUCCGCCAAAUCCUCCUCUACGACGGAAUCCUCUGCAAGCUUGGCGGAGUUGAGAUUCGAACCGUGGAGAUGGCACAUUGGCGAUGGCUUCAUAAACAACAUGAGAGCCCCUCCGGUCACACCCCUCCCCGACGACCUGAACCUCCACGGCCAGACAGCGAUAGUCACAGGCGCAACAUCAGGCAUCGGCCUCGCACUAGCCCGCCAACUCCUCUCCCUCGGCGCAUCCCCCGUCAUCCUCGCCGUCCGCGACGUGCCCAAGGGCGAAGCAGUACGACAAACACUCCUCUCCGACCCAACCGUCCUCUCCCGCCACCAGAACCCCGUCGUGGAGGUGAUGAAGCUCGACGCAGAAGACUACGCCAGCGUCAAGCCUUUCACGGAAGCAUUCAAGGCGAAGUACACGCAUCUCCACAUCGCAAUGCUCAACGCCGGCGUGCCGGGUCUACGACGCCGCGUGGCGCCUACGGGCCACGAAGCGACCGUACAGGUGAAUUAUCUCUCCAACGUGCUGCUUACGCUCGAGUUACUCCCCGUGUUGGAGGCUACGGCGCGCAAGACCGGGAGGGCUGGAAGGAUUGCUUGGACGGGGAGCCGGAUGGUUGAGAAGACGAGUCUGGCGGGGAAGGCGACGGUUCGAGAGGGGGGAUUUGUUCUCGGGCACCUUGAUGAUGAGGCGAAUUUCGUUGGUAUGGCGCGGUAUGCGGAUAGUAAGCUGCUCGGAUUCUUGUUUCUGCGGGAGCUAGCGAGGCAUUAUAGUGCUGGUACUGCUGAAGAAGAAGGGAAACGGCAGCUGCAGCGGGUUAUCGUCAACGCCUUUUGUCCCGGGAUGGUGGAUACGAAUAUGAGCAAUGUCCUUCCGCAGCCGUUCCGCCUCAUCGCUGACGCCGUGAAGGCUGUGAGGGCGAGGAGGCCGGAGGUGGCUGGGUGGGUUGGGCUUCAUGCUGUUGCUGUCGCGGGCGGAGAGACGCAUGGAAAGACGUUGGGGGAUAAAGAGAUUUGGGAGCCAGAGGGCUUCGCUAUUUCGGAUGAGAGUUGGAGGUUGCAGAAGAUGUUAUGGGAUGAGACUGUUGAUGAGAUGAAGAGGUUGACGAGUGUUCCUGGGUGGAUGGGCAAGGUUGGGAAUUGA